GUCACCGACCAACAGCUGGGAGCAGGCAGGAUUCAUUACGGCUGGAAUUUGGACAAAGUUCCUGUCAAACUACAUUUUAUAUCUGGUGAACUCCCUGAUGAAGAGGGAAGUCCUCGCGCUCUGAGCCGUGAAAGUUUGUCCUGCAGGUAUGUGUUCCAGUCGAAGUAUAUGUGGGGACAAUGACCGAUCCUCCAACUCCGAAUCUGGAUUUUCAGGAGCUCACUAUGCCCUCUGUGCCCUUGGAAUUGGACUCGUUGCCCUCGGGAUUGUCAUGAUAGUUUGGACUGUGAUACCUGAAGAAUCGGUCUCAGUGACGUCUCCAACUUCAUCAGGCAACUUCACUUCAACCCCUUCAACCCCUACUGAUGCUGACAAAGACCGCACAAAGUCCUCGUCUGUGGCGCUGGUGCUGGUCGGAGUGGGGAUAGUAAUGUUGCUGUUGUCCAUUUGCCUCGGUAUAAGGAGCAAGCGGAGAGCUCAGAGAAGAAGCAACCAGACGGCGACAGCAGCAGCCCCCUAUCGAGUGGCGGGACAGGAGGAGUCAAGUGUAGACCCAUCUUUGUACAACGUGCCGAGCUAUGAGGAGGCCGUCGGCAGCGGAAACUACCCCGUCCGCCAGAGCAACCUGAGGCAUAGCACCUCACAGCUGCCAUCUUACGAGGACAUUCUAGCAGCCGUGGAAAACGAGGGAAGGGACCAGCCUAACAACUCCACUGAGGACGCCCCUCUUAACGAUCAAGGACCGACCUCUGUUCCACCAGACGCCGAGCCCGGUGCCGAGUCCUCCGGCCUCGCACCAACCCCCAGCCUGCCCACACGCAGCGCUAGCCGAGCCAGCCGUUUCCUGAAGCCCCUCCGUGUGAGGAGAAUAAAAUCGGACAAACUGCACCUUAAAGACUUUCGCCUCCAGAUCCGCAGCCCCACGCAGAACCCAGUGACCAUUGAACCCAUCACCCCGCCCCCACAGUAUGAAAACAAGAUGCCCGAGCUACAGUGAUAACCUGAUGA